CUCAGGCUUCACAUCAACAACCAUGUCGCAGCAGGACGUCGCUAAGUUCAAUGCACUUCCUCGUACUCCUCGCCCACCCUCUGGCCGUGUCGCCAAUGAAUGGCACUUUGACCUUCGUUUCAUCCAUCUUGAUCCACCAUCUCAUUUGCUUUUCAUAGUGCAACCCGAGAGCGACUUCAUUCACACCGAGAUGCUUGGCAGUAAGCCAAUGAUGUUUUUCCCAGAGACGGGAAAAGAAGCUGCACCGGAGGUUGCAAGAGGCUUGAUUCGUGCUUUCCUAACCUCCUUUGGAAAUCCUGGAAUGAUUCCUUUGGCUCCAUGGAAGCUGACGACAGAGGAUACUGAUCUCGCGACUGCUAUCGGAGCCGAGUUCAAGAGACUAGGCGUCAGAAAAGAACUGUGGAAAAUAUGUGUCUCUCACUCCAACGCGAUCAUCGCCAGAGAAUCCUUUGAAGACUUUUUCAAAGGUCUCAAAUCCCACAUGAACUUUUCGCAUAUAGCGUCUGCGGCUGUCAGUUGUCCGGAAUCUAUCGCGUUUCGCAAUUUCACUCCUCCCUCUUCCGUAUCGCGAACGGCGGCAAGUAGGCACCGCGAGAGCGACGAUGAUUCAUCCUCGUUAGAAAUCGCUCUUGCAUAUGUUAACAUGCACAAGAACUGCAUUCCCGUAGAUUUUUCUAAACCUGUCGACCACACCUGGGGAGCCAGAAUUAUGAAAGAAAUCGACGACGUCUUGGCCACGGUCAAGUCGAAACCCGAAAAGGUCGUCAAAGCCGAGGCGGACGCUGGAAACCCAAAAGCUGCCUUGGAUUACGGAUUUAGGCUCAAGACUGGGCUCGAAUGUACUCCGAACCGCGCCCUUACGAGACGUUACCUGGUACAAGCCGCUCUUGAUACGAACGCGCCUACUGAGAUGAGAUCCGUCGCCCACAGUGCCCUCAUUGACUGGUAUACGGAAAGCAGUGAAGAUUUCCGUCACCGGUACCUUCAGGCAGCCUCAUGGCAUGCCAACGAGAGCGUGAAACUCGUUCCGGGAAAGACUUCUCCAUCUGCCAUGAUAUAUGCUCAGAAUGUUAUGAAACCGCAGGCAGAGCAUGCUGUUGAUAUGUAUCUUCAAUACAAGGAGCUAUGGUCAGCCCUUCAGAAAAGAGACGAGGAUAUGGAGAAGGGUCGGGCCAAGAUGGACCAGAAACGUAUGGCUCGCCCAAAUCGCUACAGAUGUGCAACUGUCGGUUGUGGGAUUCAGGUCGUUUCUGGACAUGUAUUUUCUCGAUGUUCUGGGAAAUGUGACGCAGACAAGAAGCCCUACUAUUGUGGCAGAGAGUGUCGUGAGUAUCGCCACAUAUUAUUGAUUUUUAUCACAUUUCCGCUUACUUUAUCUCAUGUCGCGGCAAAAGAAAAGAAGGACUGGAAAAACCAUAAACCGUUUUGCAUGCCAGGAGCCCCCUGCUCAGUGAUAGAUGUCAACGGUCCGUCUUCGAUUGGAUCAAGAAGUGCGAAAGAUUCGAUACAAAUCCCCAUGAAGUUUGCAAACGGAAGAACGACUAUGAUCAGCUCGUCCACCAUGAGUCCGGAAUUCCUAAAGGGAAUGAGAGACGCCGCAGAAGCUGAUGUUAUGGGCCAAGAGAAACUGCCUGAAUCUUUUACUGUGGAGAUGGGGAGGUUGGAGGUUGGACCUGAAUUUGGACCGGUGGACCAGUCUGUCGAGUCUGAGGAGGUGGAUUGAAAUGUACGUCGUUGAAGUAUGACUUUCGAACUUGAGUGAGUCCACUCUGAACAGAGACUGGGUCUACACAGGCGUACUGCGAAUGAGAUCGUGCAGGCACCCUACGACGCGAAUAAAAGAAAAUUUUACAACAACU